AUGCAAAAGUCUGCCACCGCAUCUGUGCAAAAUCCAGUUCAAGAGCCAUGGCAGUCGGCUGCGACAAGCGUUUCGGAAUAUCCCACUAGUUAUCCCACUGGUCACAAUGCAAACUUCGACGAAGAAGCUCCCCGGUCGGCAUUUUCCAUAGUCGAGCCGCCGGCCGAGCUAUCCACACUCACAACUCAUCUGACCGGUCAUAGUACCGACGACAAAUUCCCAGAUGGAGGGUUGCAAGCGUGGUGUGUUGUGGCAGGUUCAUUCUUUCUCUUGAUGAGUACAUUCGGUGUGAUGAACACGACGGGAAUCCUGCAGAAUUACUUCGCUUCCCAUCAGCUAGCCAGCUAUUCGCCGAGUGCAGUCGGCUGGAUUCCGGGGCUGUUCACCUUCUUCGGUCUGAGUGUUUCUGUACAGGUUGGGCCGAUGUUUGAUCGCUAUGGACCCAGGGGCAUUCUUAUAGCUGGCACUCUAUGCUAUGUGACUGGCCUUGUUCUUCUCGCCGAAAGCCAUCUGUACUGGCAUUUUGUUCUUACCCUUGGUGUUCUUUCUGGAACCGGUGCUGCCCUCUUGAGCACAGUGGCAUUAGCUAGUGUGCCUCAAUGGUUCGAUCGCAAGGCAGCCCUUGCGAUUGGGAUUUCGAUGUCGGGCGCGGGUCUUGGUGGUGUGAUAUUUCCGUUUGUGCUAAGAGCCGGAUUCACCAACCUUGGAUAUAAGUGGACAAUUCGAUUACUGGCAUUGUUGAUACUGGUGAUGUCUGUCCUUGGAACAGCUCUGGUCAAGGCACGUCUUCCAAAGGGCAGAAGUAAAUCAACUAUCAACUUGCGUUCCUUGCAAGAUGCGAGGUUUACCUGGUUGACAAUGGGUAUCUUUGCUCUUGAGCUCGAGGUUUUCGCUGGUCUAGGUCUUUAUCCAACCUACGUGGUCAUGCAGGGGUUUUCUACCAAUACCAGUGUCGUUCUUCUGGCUGUUCUCAACGUAGCAUCCACGGCCGGACGACUGAUGGCUGGGGGCGUGGCGGAUCGGUUUGGCAGAAUCAACACCCAGACUGCACUCAUUGCUCUGGGUGCAUUCGCAGUUUUUGUGGUCUGGCUGCCGUUUGGAAAUUCCCUAAUAGGGCUUUAUAUCUUCUCGGUCAUCUUCGGAUUGGCUUCAGGAUCAUUCCUAAGUCUUGCGCCAGCCUGCAUCGGGCAGAUAUCUAAGGCAAGCGAGGUUGGCGGCAGGUUCGGGUUGACAUAUUCGAUUGUUAGCAUUGCAACACUGAUCUGUAUCCCCAUCGGCGGUGAGAUGCUCGACAAAGUCGGGAAGAGAGCCAUGGUGGCAUAUCUGGGAAGUGUUCUGAUAGUGUCACUUGGUUUGUUCGUGAUGGCCAGAUGGGCCUGUCUGAGCUACCGGUGGAGGUGGCAGACAAAGAUUUAA